CCCAAAUUCCUUUGCUGGUGGCCCUGCUGGUGGUGUGACUUGCAAGUUCGCAGUCGGCAGAAGGUUGCAAGCUCAAACCCUAAUUGCUGCUCUGCUGAUCAGAAAGGCCUGCCAGCAUUGGCCCAAGACGCAUUCUUAAAGGAUUGCAACCAUGCGACGCAUUCUCCAAAAAGCAUGGGCCCCAAGCCAGUUCCUGCCGGCCCGGCCCUCCUUGCUGGAGACUUGCAGGAUCAAUGGUGGUGCAGCGCGCCUCCUUUCACAGACACCGCACGCAGAAGAAACUCUUGGCAAGCUCAACCUGGUGGACCCAGCCGAGCUCUCCAGCAGCAACAAGGAAGAGAGGAGCAACUCUGGUUUGUCUGCUUCGACCUCAGCCGCUCCUUCUACAAGCACUUCUGCAGACUCUCCAAGCAAUCCAACAGGAACAGACCCUGUUGAUUCAGGCCUUGUGGGAGACGAUGGCAUGGCAGUGGGAGGUGCGGGUGGCAAAACGACAGAAAUACGGAGUCCAGGAGUUUUGACAGGACAGUCUGGGUUCCAGGAAGUAGUGGUCGUUGGCAUGGCACGCACACCGAUGGGCGUCUUUGGAGGCGGCCUUUCCUCGCUGAGCGCACCAAAGCUAGGUGGCUUGGCAAUAAAAGGUGCUCUUGAACGAGCUAACCUGCAGCCCGAGCAAGUCAAUGAGGUCAUCUAUGGGAACGUUCUUCAAGCUGGGCUUGGACAAGCGCCAGCAAGGCAGGCGGCCAUGGCGGCGGGCCUCCCCGCGAGCGUCAUCUGCACCACCGUAAACAAGAUGUGCGCUUCCGGCAUGAAGGCCGUCAUGUUCGGCGCCCAGUCCAUCAUGCUGGGCCACAACGACGUUGUCGUGGCGGGAGGGAUGGAGAGCAUGUCGCGUGCGCCGUACUACGUCGAGCGGCGGCUGCGCGGGAAGGCGUUAGGACACCAGCAGAUGAAGGACGGUAUGAUCUUGGACGGGCUGUGGGACGCGUACAAGGACAUGCACAUGGGCCAGAUCGCGGAGCUGUGCGCGAGCGAGAUGGGCAUCUCGAGAAGCGAACAGGAUGAUUACGCCAUCCAGAGCUAUGAGCGGGCCCUUGCAGCGCAGGCCGCGGGUGUGCUUGCCAAGGAAAUUGUCCCUGUGAGCGUUCCCUCCGAGAGACGGAAAGGGGAACCGACAAUGGUCGAACAGGACGAAGGCCUUGGAAAGUUCGAUCCCGAGAAGCUGCGCGAGCUGCCCCCCGUUUUCGAGGGCGACGGCACCGUGACCGCGGGCAACGCUUCCCAGAUCAGCGACGGCGCCGUCGCUCUAGUUCUCACCAGCGCCGCCUUCGCCGAGAAGCACGACCUGAAGCCCAUUCUGCGGAUCUCCGGUUUCGGCGACGCCGCGCAAAGCUCCGAAAAAUUUCCGACGACGCCGUCGCUCGCGAUCCCGCGCGCGGUGAAGAACGCAGGGAAGCGACUAGAGGACGUGGAUCUGUUCGAGAUCAACCAGGCUUUUGCGGUUGUACAAAUCGCCAACGAGCGCCUGCUCGGGCUCUCAUCAGACGAGGUAAACAUACAUGGCGGAGCUGUGGCCCUCGGACAUCCAAUUGGUGCUUCGGGUGCUCGCCAAAUAAUGGCUCUGCAUUCUGUCCUAACAGCAAAGGACGCAACGAUUGGGUGUGCGUCUAUAUGUAAUGGUGGAGGUGGUGCCUCCGCAAUUGUCAUUGAAAGACUGUAGCAAUGCAAUUGACAUUUUAGGGUAGAUCUCCCUACUCUUUUCUUCAGUUUUCAUGGUGCUUCUCUUGCAUAUGCUAGCAAUAUUUGCUCUGAAGAGCACGUGUAUCUGAUAUGGUUACAAGUCUGCUGUACGGUCCAUCACGUGGCUCUGCACCUGUCAACUCGAUGACUUGAGGAAGCCCGUUCUGUUGCAAAGUUGGGCUCUGCAUAUCGAUGUUGAUCUUAGAACAGGUGUACUGGAGCUUCGAUCUGUAAUCAGCAACAACAUGUUCAGAACAUGAUUCGUAGUGAGAUUUAUUUAGGUUCUUGGGCCGUCCAUAUAGGGACCACAUAGCUAGUGUCCGGUAGAUCCUUCCAAUCAGAUGACGUAAUGGCAUAAGCGGCUUAAGAGUGAGGGCGGCGCACGCCGACUCAGCAAGCAUCGUUAACUGUAUAUGACGUGGCGG